AUGCUAAUCCCCGUUCGACUGCUACUACUCCAACAUUUUUUCGCGCUUUUGCAGCUUGCAGUUGCGGACUUGAGCGUCGCAAAACCAAUCGGUGGGUCUGAAUACUCCGUCUCGUCAAAUACCGUCUCCAUCGAGGUUGAAUGGACAGACGUUGGCCGCUCGCCAGAAUUGGAUACGGUAACGCAAUACGUGUUUACUCUCUGCACUGGGUCCAACAGUAAAAUCCAAGCCAUCUCCACUUUAGCUACGGUACCAGCAACUGAGAUCACAGGAAACCGCUACACGGUGUCCAUCGACCGCGAAGCAGGAGCCAGUGGCUCCUACUUUCUCCAAGUCGUGGCUGUGUCUCCCGAGUGGAUUGCUAUUCAUUAUUCCAAUAGAUUCACGAUUACUGGUAUGCAAGGAAACAAACCGGCCCCAUCCGUUAAUGAUCCACAGGGUCCUUCACCAGAAACCAUGAAAAUAGGACCAAAUGGGGGCCCACCACCAAUAGAUUCGGCCUCCUUCUCUAUCCCAUAUGCGUCGCAAACAGGUUCCUAUCGCUUUGCGCCUAUGCAAACUCAGCCAGGUUCGGUGGUUACCGCAACCGCUUGGACUAGACAGAAUCCUACCAGUACCUGUAGCUUCUAUGCUACCAAUACAGCUACACCUGAAUGGUACACGACCAUCACCGCAGGUUGGGACUAUACCAUCCUGACUCGAAUGAAUGAUGUUCAUCCGAGGCCGUUGCCCGAACACAAUGGCGGGUGGUAUAAACCUGCAGAAAAAAUGACCUUGACGACAAGAAAAGUAAAUAGAUACCAACAAUGA